AUGGCAUACAACGGCCAAGGCCACGAAUACGCUGGCGGUUCUGGCCACCAGCUCAACGACCUGCCUCCGGGCGGCAACUAUCAUAUGCCCCCGCAUGAGCACGAGGAAGAGGCUGGCCGCUACCUCCUGAACGAACAGCCGGGUUCCGGCUACGAGCACGAUCGCCUGGGCGUCCAGGCUCCCGACCGUCCCGUUUCCACAUACAGCUUGACCGAGUCCUACGCCCCUGGCGCUGGCCAGACUGUGCCCCAGCCUCACCAACCCGGCAGCUAUGACAACGGCUACGGUCAGUACGGCCAGGAGGGCCAGUUCGUCCAAGAGCACGACUUCCCCUACGGCCGUCCUGCCUCCACCGUUGAGGAUGAGGAGGAGAGCUGGAUGCAGCGUCAACAGCAGCCUGGUGGCUUCGGCCGCGGCAACGGCGGCGGUCUCAAGCGCUUCAACACGAGAAAAGUCAAGCUCGUUCAGGGCUCCGUGCUUUCCAUCGACUACCCCGUCCCCAGUGCCAUCAAGAACGCCGUCGAGCCUCGCUUCCGCGACGUCGAGGGCGGCAACGAGGAAUUCAUGAAGAUGCGCUACACCGCUGCCACCUGCGACCCCAACGACUUUACGCUCAAGAACGGUUACGAUUUGCGCCCUCGCAUGUACAACCGCCAUACCGAGCUGCUCAUCGCCAUUACCUACUACAACGAAGACAAAGUCCUGCUCUCCAGAACCCUUCACGGUGUUAUGCAAAACAUUCGCGACAUUGUCAACCUGAAAAAGUCCACCUUUUGGAACAAAGGCGGCCCUGCCUGGCAAAAGAUUGUCGUCUGUCUUGUCUUUGACGGUAUCGAAAAGGCCGACAAGAACACUCUGGAUGUCCUCGCCACCCUCGGCAUCUAUCAGGAUGGUGUCGUCAAAAAAGAUGUCGACGGCAAGGAGACUGUUGCUCACAUCUUCGAGUAUACCUCCCAGCUAUCCGUCAGCCCCAAUCAGCAGCUGAUUCGCCCGACCGCCGACAACCCCCAAAACCUGCCCCCCGUGCAGUUUAUCUUCUGUCUCAAGCAAAAGAACAGCAAAAAGAUCAACUCUCACCGUUGGCUGUUCAACGCAUUUGGCCGCAUCCUCAACCCCGAGGUCUGCAUUCUGCUAGAUGCCGGUACCAAGCCUAGCGUUAGGUCUCUGCUCGCGCUGUGGGAAGGUUUCUACAACGACAAGGAUCUUGGUGGUGCAUGUGGUGAAAUCCACGCCAUGCUGGGCAAGGGUGGCAAAAAGCUAAUCAACCCCCUUGUCGCUAUCCAAAACUUUGAGUACAAGAUUAGCAACAUUCUUGACAAACCUUUGGAGAGCUCCUUUGGCUAUGUCAGCGUUUUGCCCGGUGCUUUCUCCGCCUACCGCUUCCGCGCCAUCAUGGGCCGCCCUCUAGAGCAGUACUUUCACGGUGACCACACCCUGUCUAAAAGUCUGGGUAAGAAGGGCAUUGACGGCAUGAACAUUUUCAAAAAGAAUAUGUUCUUGGCUGAAGACAGAAUUCUCUGUUUCGAGCUGGUCGCCAAAGCUGGUCAAAAGUGGCAUCUGUCCUAUAUCAAGGCCGCCAAGGGUGAGACUGAUGUACCCGAAGGUGCUGCCGAGUUCAUCUCCCAGCGUCGUCGUUGGCUCAACGGUUCCUUUGCUGCCACCCUCUACUCCCUCAUGCACUUCGGACGCAUGUACAAGAGUGGCCACAACAUUGUGCGCAUGAUUUUCCUCCACAUUCAGCUCCUGUACAACAUUUUCAACCUCAUCUUUACCUGGUUCUCUCUGGCAUCUUACUACCUCACCACCACUGUCAUCAUGGAUCUUGUCGGCACCCCGGUCGUCGGCGGCCAAGGCGGCGCCGAGCAUCACGGCUGGCCCUUUGGUGACACAGCUACACCCCUGAUCAACGCGCUCUUAAAGUACCUUUACCUGGCUUUUGUUAUCCUGCAGUUUAUUCUGGCUCUUGGUAACCGUCCCAAGGGUUCCAAGUUUACCUACAUUGCCUCAUUUAUGCUCUUUGGUCUUAUCCAGACAUAUAUUCUGGUGCUCUCCGGCUACUUGGUCGCUCGUGCUUUCAACACGCCCAUUUCCCAGCAGAUCAAGCUCGACUCUGGUAAGGACUUUGUCAACAGCUUUUUCUCAGGAGAAGGAGCGGCAGGUGUCAUUCUCAUUGCGCUCAUUACGAUCUAUGGUCUAUAUUUUCUCGCAUCCUUCAUGUAUCUGGACCCGUGGCACAUGUUCCACUCGUUCCCUUACUACCUGGUUCUCAUGUCGACCUACAUCAACAUUCUUAUGGUCUACGCCUUCAACAACUGGCACGACGUGUCCUGGGGUACCAAGGGCUCUGACAAGGCCGAGGCUCUGCCCUCUGCCAACGUCACCAAGGGUGAAAAGAAUGAGGCCGUGGUCGAGGAGAUUGAAAAGGACCAGUCAGACAUUGACAGUCAGUUCGAGCAAACGGUGCGCCGUGCUCUGGCACCGUUCAAGGAAGCUGAGGAGCUCGAGGCCAAGGAUGUCGAGGACUCGUACAAGUCUUUCCGUACGGGUCUGGUAGUCUGCUGGUUGUUUUCCAACAUUAUUCUCGUAAUUGUCAUUACCAGCGACAACUUUAACAGCUUUGGCAUCGGAAAAUCCUCAUCUGUCCGCACAGCCAGCUUCUUCAAGUUCCUUCUGUAUGCCACAGCCGUACUAUCGGUCGUCAGAUUCAUGGGCUUUCUCUGGUUCCUCGGAAAGACCGGUCUUAUGUGCUGCUUUUCGAGAAGAUAG